AUGAAUGUGAGUACGUGCAAGAGGAACAAAGCCACGUUAAGCUGGUUGCGAUUGGUGUGUUGCAGACACGAGGUGCCUGUCACCUCGGAGCCGAUCACGGUGAUACACAUGGACGAGGACGUCGUCGUGGUCAACAAGCCCGCCUCCAUCCCUUCGCGCUCAGCCUGGACUUUUGAUCGUUACACUGUGAAAACCGCUGCUUUUCACGAGUGUCCUUUAUGUUUGUUCGCUGUACGUCCUGUUAGUUUGCCUAGUGAACGAUGUGUAUUUUUCAUUGCAACGUGCAACAACGAUUGCACAACCCGCGAUUUUCCUUCCGUCCUCGUUUCCGUUUCUCGUUCUGUUUCCUCGACAAAUAAACCAAGCCGAUCUUGGAAAUUGCAGGUGCACCCGUGCGGACGAUACCGGCACAACACGGUUGUAUUCAUUCUGGCGAAGGAGUACAACCUGAAGAAUCUGAGGACAAUCCACAGGCUGGACCGACUGACCAGCGGUAUUCUCCUUUUCGGUAGAACGCCGAAAAAGGCCAGGCAGAUGGAGCACCAAAUAAGAAACAGACAGGUUCACAAACAAUACGUUUGCCGAGUGGAAGGCGAGUUCCCCGAGGAGGAGGUGGUCUGUUCCGAACCGAUCGAGGUGGUGUCGUACAAGAUCGGAGUGUGCAAAGUCUCCGAGAAAGGAAAGGACUGCGUGACGCGUUUCAAGCGUCUGAGUUACAACGGCAAGUCCUCGGUGGUGCUGUGCAAGCCUCAGACGGGACGAAUGCAUCAAAUCCGUGUUCAUCUGCAAUACCUGGGCUACCCGGUGGUAAACGAUCCUCUCUACAACCACGUGGUAUUUGGCCCGGAGAAAGGAAAGGGCGGCAACAUCGGGAAGACCGAUCAGGAGCUGGUCAGAGAUCUGAUUAGCAUUCACAACGCGGAGAAUUGGCUGGGUAUGGACGGGGACUCGGAGAUGAGUCUGUUCAAGCCGAAAUUGGACAUGGAGGAGCGCGUUUCGUUGAGCAACGAUAAGGACGGCUCGUCUCCAUCGUCGACGCCUGGCCUGGGCGAGGAGGAACAGCAACAGCAACAGGAACAGUCGCUGAAGGUGACGGUAGGCACGCAGACUGGCUCGGAGCCGCCGGAUUCUAGUUUCACGAACGACAAGAUGACGGUGGAUCCGCACUGCUACGAGUGCAAAGUGAAGUACAGAGACCCGAAACCAUCCGACUUGGUCAUGUAUCUGCACGCGUGGCGUUACUGCGGUCCGGGCUGGGAAUACGAGACGCCGCUUCCAGCCUGGGCAGCCAGCGAUUGGACCGAGGAGGACCGAUAG